UGGGGAUUCACAAGUGUAAAUGCAGCGUUUGAACUUCAAUUGUAUGACCUGUUUCGGGGGGAGACGGGAAUUGCUGUUUAUGUUUUUUUCACUGGGAUGUAUCUGAUGCAAUUUUGUGGUGCAGCUGUUGGUCUCAACUUAUUAGUUUAUGCAAGAUUACGUGGGAGAGAUCAUGGGAUAAAGGAUGAAAACCAAAGAGCUCGUGAAACUGACGCUUUUCGAUUACUCGUCGGAAUGAUCUCUGUUUUCGUUAUCACAAUACUGCCAGACACCAUUACUACCAUAAUUUACUACGUGCCAUCGAUCGAUUGCUGUGGGUCUUCUACCAUGUGCGUGAUACAUGAUUUUAUGAAAUUUUCGACGAUCGUGGGACCAAUUGUUUGGGGUACUGUGUGCCAGUCAUUUAGAGAUGCAAUAUGGGGGGUCGUACGGUGCAGGAGUGUCGACAAAGUGGGUGAAUGAAGGAGAUCCAAAUGAUUCCAUAGAAAGCCUGAAGAAAAUUUUUGUCCUCAAUUCAGAUGAAGAUUCAUAAAUAAAGAUAAGAUACUCCCAUACCGAGAUCAGUACUCGAUAUUGAAUGAUGGAUCUACGAUCUUCCCUCCCUUGAAUUUAUAGAGCACAAGUAUUACGGAAUUUAUAAGACCAAUCAAGAGACAGAUUCCAGUUGAUUAAAUUCGAUGAAUCAUUUUGGAAUGACACUUACACAUCGAUUAUGUAUUACGCUUUCACAACGCAUCAGAAAAUCCAGGGAUUCACUCAUGCCAGGAAUUAUUCAGAGACAACUAUUCUCCUCUCUCGGAGACAUAAUAAUUUUAGGCACACGCGGAUACCAACAUAACUAUGCGGGGAGAAUAUAUUAUAUUGUAUAUCUAAUGAACUGAGAAGAUUAAUCCCACCCUCUGGAUGGAUGACACAAAAAUCCGGAAUAAUCUCCCAUCGACUUGAUAAUUACACAUUCGAGUGAUGUGAAUGAAAUAAAACGAGAAAACAUCCUGGAAAUGUACGGAAAACGCGCAUGCUCGUAAUUCAAAUAUUUACCGUUUCCGGUGUAUAAUCUAUCCGCCGGAAUGUUGAAAGAUGGAAUUAGAAAUCGCAAAUGAUGAAAUACAAGCGCAUGUCAUAAACAAAAAAUCUCUGUAAUUCGAAAUUUCAAAUUGUGAUGAACGAGCGCACUGGGGAAUUGAUUCUCCUCACGCAGUAAACGAAGUUUUUAAUCAUUAAA